AUGUCUACUGCCGGAGCUACACCUCAAGAAACACUGGUUGCAGCAUGCCGUACCGAUAAUGUGGAUAUGCUCGCAGAGGUCGUCCACGGGCAAGAAGGACAUGAGGUUGAGUUUAUUAAUCAAGCCCGUGACUCCUUGGGAAAUGAUUGCUUACAUGUUUGUGCAAAGUAUGGAUCGGUUAACUGCUUAGACUGGAUUUUGGAUAUUUCCGGUAUUGAAUUGAACCAUCAUUCUCGUAUGACUGGUGAUACACCAUUGCAUGUCUCUGUAGGAUAUUUGAAGAGAAAUGAAGAGAUUUCUUUGCAAAUGGUUGAAAUGCUGAUAGAAGUCGGUGCCGAUUCGUUAGCUACCAACAAUGAUGGCUUCCGUCCAAUUGAUAUUGUCCCAGGAGAUUACCGUGAGCGCUUCGGUGCUGCUUUAGAAGGACCUGCCCCUACUUUACAGUACAGUACUGACGCCGUUGCAGAUGAUGAUGAUGAUGAUGAAGGCGAAGGAUCUGGCUCUGAGUAA